CAAUAGAAGAACUGCUUAAAGAGGCAAAACGUGGGAAACAAGAGCAGAAACCAUGGGACCUAUGGGUUGGAUGAAGUGUCCUCUUGCUGGUACCAAUAAAAGAUUUCUCAUUAACACAAUUAAGAACACACUUCCCUCCCAGAAAGAGCAAGAUCAUGAACAAAAAGAGGGCGAUGAGGAACCUGCGAAGAGCCAGAACCAGAAAGAAGAAAGCCGAAAGAAGAACAGAGCCCACCCUUACAAGCACAGCUUCCAAGCUCGAGGCACAGCCAGUCAUUCUCCACCGAGGAAGCGGAGCAGCCAGGGCAAAUAUGAAAAGCAGUCACGCAAGCGAUGAGGCAGGGAGGGAGAACCAGCAAGACUGUCCCCAGUCACAGUGCUGUUACAUGUGGGAGACUGGGAUGUGCAGAGGUUAUUGAAGACAUGCCCUGAGCUGACAGAGCAAACACCUAAAAGCAUUUUUACAGUAGGUCCUUUGUCUUUGUGACAAGCAAAAAUGACCUAGAAACUCUUCAAGGAAAUUAGUACAAAGGAACUUGCUCUGAAUAUGUCUUGCCAGUGUAAGCUACUUCCGCAGUGUAGUAUACAUAUGUAUUGUUUCUAUUCUAUUUCAUUUAGAAAUUGAUUCCAAAAUAAAUGUAGAA